UGGAACUUGAGGUUUCAAGAGAGAGCAAAAGAAAUGGAGUACUUGAAUCUUCUUCUGUUAAUCCUACUUCCUGUAUCACUUCUCAAAAUAUUUUCAUGGAUUACUAAAUCUUCACCCACAAAUCUCCCACCUGGUCCAGCUCCACUGCCCAUCUUUGGAAAUCUUUUCAAACUCGGAAAGAAGCCUCACGAGUCACUCACUCAAUUAGCUCAAAUCUACGGACCCUUGAUGUCACUAAAACUCGGUUCCUUAACAACAAUCGUCAUCUCAUCUUCAACUACAGCCAAAGAAGUUUUACAAAAACAUGAUCAAUCGUUUUCUAGUCGCACCGUAAUAGACGCGGUUACGGUGUUCAAUCACCAUGAAUCUUCAAUAGUCUGGUUACCUCCUACGCCUCAGUGGAGAACUCUUAGAAAGUUGACCAAUUCACAUAUUUUCACUACUCAAAAACUUGAUUCAAAUCAAAGCCUGAGGCACCAAAAGUUAGAGGAACUUGUUUCCUACGUUCGCCGCAAUGCAAACGCUGGUUCUGUGAUUAAUAUCGGUCAAGCUGCUUUUACUAUUGUUCUUAAUUUGAUAUCAAAUAGUUUCUUUUCAAUUGAUUUAGCUGAUGGUUUUGGUUCAGAUUCUGUUUGUGUUUUUAAAGAUGCUGUUAGAGGAGCAAUGUUGGAAGCAGGAAAACCGAAUUUGUCUGAUUAUUUUCCAGUGAUUAGAUUCAUGGAUUUGCAAGGUGUGAGACGUGGUAUGAGUAAGCAUUUUGGAGUAUUGGAUGAGAUAUUUGAGAAGAUUAUACAACAGAAGUUGUUGACACUACAUUCUAGAGAGGGGAAAGGUGACUUGCUAGAUAUGAUUCUUGAUCCAUCCCAUGACAAUGGAAUUCAACUUCAACAUCAUGAAAUAAAAGGUUUAUUUAAGGACUUCUUUGCUGCUGGUACGGAUACUACCUCGUCAACUGUAGAAUGGGCAAUGGCGGAAUUACUCCAUAACCCAUCUAAGAUGACAAAAGCUCAACAAGAGCUUUCGGACAUUUUAGGGAAAGACCAGCCGAUUGAGGAAUCAGAUAUCAUUCGGCUACCUUACUUGCAAGCGGUUGUCAAAGAAACGUUGCGACUUCACCCACCAGUUCCAUUUUUAGUUCCUCAUAAAGCAGAGAACAACGUUGAAAUUCAUGAUUUCGUUGUCCCUAAAGGUGCCCAAGUCCUAGUCAACGUAUGGGCAAUUGGACGAGAUCCUGCCUUAUGGAAGGACCCAACUUGUUUCAGCCCCGAAAGGUUUUUAGAUUUGAAAUCCGAUUAUAAAGGUCAAGAUUUUGAAUUAAUUCCAUUUGGAUCAGGUCGUCGAAUCUGCCCCGGUUUACCAUUAGCACAUAGGAUGGUACACUUAGUUCUGGGUUUGCUUUUACAAUCAUUUGACUGGGAACUUGAAAAUGGGUUGAAACCAGAGAAUUUAGAUAUGGAGGAAGAAUUUGGGUUUACGUUAGCAAAGGCCACUGGCCUUCGAGCUAUUCCAGUUAUUAGGUUAUGAGUGAUGGAAGUUCCUAGCUUAUUAUAGUUCAUCAC